AUGGGAAAGAGAAAAACAAAACAGGAGGUAGACGAAGGUAAAGAUGAGGGUCCAUCAUAUUCCUCCAAUAAUGAAUUAAUAGAAAAGAAAGAAUAUGAAAAUAUCGGUGCUCAGGUUGAAAAAACCGGUGAGAAUACUGAGAAUACUGAAAAUACUGAAAAUGAUGAAAUCAAAAAGGACACUACUAAACAAACCACAGAAGGGGAUGGAGAAAAGGCGAGUUCCACAAUUGAAGAGUCUCAACCUUCCAAAAAAAGAAAACGCGUUACUUCUAAAGAAAAAAAAGAGACUAGCGAUUUAAAAACAAAACAUCAGUCGAAUAAUUCUUCAGAUCAAAAAAACAAGAUCAAAGAUAAUAAAAAAGACACUGCAAAUAGAGCAACAAAUAAAACCGCAAAGAAAGUAACAAAGAAAGAAUCAGAACCUAAAAAAAAGGCUCAAAAAACCAGUUCUAAAGCUACUACUAAAUCCUCAUCCGAGGACGAACUGAUUGAUACGUCUACAACUGCCGGCAACCUCCAAACUAUGGUGUCAACAGCUAAAGGUCGUUGGACAGUUGAAGAUGAUAAAUUAUUAUCUGAUCUUGUGUUAGAACAUCUUCCUGAAGUUCGUUGGUCAAAUAUUGCCCGAGAAAAUUUUCCUGAAAGAAAUAGAAGUUCUUUAUAUAAUAGAUGGAAUGUUAUCAAGAAAAGAUUAUGGAAUGGUGUUGAAUUCAAGGGAGAAGGUAAGGAUGAGUGA